AUGAUCGUUUUAUGUUGGGGACCUGGAAUGUGUACAAACAUUCAUGACCAUUCUGGCUCGCAUUGCUUUGUGAAGAUGCUUGAAGGUGAACUUAGGGAAACAAGAUUUGCUUUUCCUGAAGAGAAUUCUUCGAUAGGACCGUUGGCAAAAAUUGGAGAGUCAACAAUGUCACUGAACGAUGUCAGCUACAUGAGCGAUCAGCUUGGACUUCAUCGAAUGGAAAAUCCAAGUCAUUCGGAAAAUGCUGUGAGCUUACACGUUUAUUCACCGGCAUACGAUAAAUGCUAUCUGUUCGAUCAGAGAACAAAAAUCUGUGUAUCUGCUGGUUCAGGCCAACGACACGUCUCUAAGGUGACAUUCUGGUCUCGUUAUGGAAAGCUGUCAGACACUACAGAUGUACCGUUUGAUCGCAUUCAAACUAGUUCGAGAAGAGGAUAA